GUCGGGCGAUGAGGUCCGAAUUCAAAACCUAGGCCAGACUUUAGCCACCGGUUUCAGUUUUGUCUUGGGUUUGUGAAUUUGGAGGCCGGCGUAAGACUCGACACUGUGGGUGGAGAGGCCGCAUAUUUAUUGCCCCUCUCUCUCCUCCCUUUAUCUCUGACCACGAUCACCAGCCACCUGCCAACUUCACACCGCUUUCUGCUCAACAGCAAUCGCUGCAAAUCAGCGACUCGCCACUGCCACUGUCUUCAAGAGAAUCGUAGCGGCAACGCCAGCGCGACAAUAGACUAGCACUUGCUUUUGGCCCCUGAAUCGCACAGCCACCAAGUCGGACAUAUCACUGCGCCCGCCACUGCUCCACAGCGCCCUGCAAUCCUAGAGACAGGCAACACACCAUGCAGAUCUUUGUCAAGACACUGACAGGAAAGACGAUCACGCUCGAGGUCGAGUCGUCGGACACGAUCGACAACGUGAAGGCUAAGAUCCAAGAUAAGGAGGGUAUCCCGCCGGAUCAGCAGCGCCUCAUCUUUGCUGGCAAGCAGCUCGAGGAUGGACGCACACUGGCCGACUACAACAUUCAGAAGGAGUCGACCCUCCAUCUCGUUCUUCGCCUGCGGGGAGGCAUGCAGAUCUUUGUGAAGACACUUACGGGCAAGACCAUCACGCUCGAGGUGGAGAGCAGCGACACGAUUGACAACGUCAAGGCCAAGAUUCAAGACAAGGAGGGCAUCCCGCCGGAUCAACAGCGUCUGAUCUUUGCCGGAAAGCAACUCGAGGACGGGCGCACGCUAGCUGACUACAACAUCCAAAAGGAGUCUACCCUCCAUUUGGUUCUGCGUCUCCGCGGCGGUGGCAAGGUUCGGUGCAAGAGCGGCAAAGAGACAGAGCACCAGUGCAAGGAAGCGGCCAUGAAGCUGGCUGGCGAGUGCCCGCAUUGCCACCUGGCCUUCUGCGCAAAGCACAGGCUGCCCGAGGCCCACUCGUGUGCAUUCAGCGCCAGCAUCCGGUCCGACGCCUUCAUGGCAAACAAGAAGAAGCUCGAGGCCGAACGCACUCACGCCGAUCGGGGUCUUGCUCGAUGAUGGGCCCCUUAGCCAGCUGUCCGAUUUUCCUUUUUCUUGUCCCGCUCUUCAUGAUGUUUUUUUAAUUACCAGAUCUCAAUCAGCAUUUUCUCACAAGCCAUAUGUCUCCAGUAUUCUCCAUCAACAAUCAGCCUUCGUUGCCAUGGCUGAGUUCCUUCUCUUCAUUCACGUCCCUCUCUUGACAUGUUGCCGGUGAUUGCUUGAUGCCGAGACCUGUGCGGAGACGGUGACAGAACAGUGCCGCG